UUAAUAAUAGUAUUCGCGUACAAUUUUAGUGUGUGUUAUCCAAAUGAAAUCAAAGAAAUAUAUUGUAAUGAAACAAAAAUGUUAUUAAAAAACAUAUAAAUUAAAAAAGCUCAAUAAAAUGUGACCAUGUCUGUUUAAAACACAACUUUAAAAUUAAAUAAAUAAUAAUAAAACCCCAAAACAUGAAUGAAUUAAAUGUAUUAGAAUGGGAACCAGACGAUGCAAAAGUAUGGUUAAAAAAAGAGGGUAAUUUUAAUGAUCGUGUUUUAAAUAUGUUAUGUGAUGAUCAUGGGGUUGAUGGUCGAUGUUUGUUAGCAUUAAGUGAACAAGAUUUUUCUGUAGAUCCGUUAAGUAAAUUGACGUUACGUGAUCGUAAGGUGUUAUAUGUGUGUGUUAGAAAUUUGCAGCGUGACAAUCAAUCUAGUUUAAUACAAUUAGGCGUUGUUGAAUUACCAACUACUACGUUAUAUGGGUCUCAUGGUUAUGGUCGAAGUCAUGAUUAUUCAGAAUAUGGUGAUUCUGAACGUAUUUCACCACCCUUAAGUGAGGAUGGACGUGCUGUUCGACUACAACCAGAAAUAUGGAAAGCAUUAUUAGCAUUAGGUUACUGUUUUGUUGUAACAUGGAUAACAGCAUUUGUAAUGGUGAUAGUACACGAUCGUGUUCCAGACAUGAAACGUUAUCCACCACUUCCAGACAUAUUCCUUGAUAAUGUACCGCACAUACCAUGGGCAUUCGAUAUGUGUGAAAUCACUGGUACAUUAUUAUUUACAAUAUGGUUAAUUGUAUUAUUAUUUCAUAAACAUAGAUUUAUAUUAAUGCGUCGAUUCUUUGCAUUAUCUGGUACUGUAUUCUUGUUACGUUGUGUUACAAUGUUAAUUACAUCAUUAAGUGUACCUGGUGCACACUUACAAUGUCAACCACGUACAGACAAUUUAGUUGAUUGUGGCGAAGAAGGUUGCAGUACGUUAUAUGGUGCUGAACUUGCAAAUAAGAUUGCACGAGCGUAUGCGAUAUGGCGUGGUGCUGGUAUGAGUAUUCAAGGUGUUCGUACAUGUGGCGAUUACAUGUUUUCAGGGCAUACUGUAGCUUUAACAAUGUUAAAUUUCUUCAUUACAGAAUAUACUCCUCGACAUUUUUACUUUUUACAUACAUUAACAUGGCUAAUGAAUAUGUUUGGUAUAUUUUUUAUAUUAGCUGCACAUGAGCAUUAUAGUAUUGAUGUAUUUGUUGCAUUUUAUAUUACAUCAAGAUUAUUUUUAUAUUAUCAUACGUUAAGCAAUAAUCAAGCGUUAAUGCAACGUGAUUCAACACGUACUCGUAUAUGGUUUCCAUUAUUUUCAUUCUUCGAAAGUAGCGUCGAUGGUAUUGUACCAAAUGAAUUUGAUAGUCCACAAAAAAUGGUACGAAAAAUCAUCGAAUGGUGUACAACAAAAUGGCGUCGUUUACGAACAAUAAAUUACACAUUUGUAUAUUCAACUGAUGGUCGACAUGGUCAUUAUCAACCAUUAUCAUCAUCCUCGCCAAAUGCACCAUCAUCAACAAACUCUGUUGAUCCAUCAAGUACAAUCGAUCAACUAUCGCCAACAAUUGUUAGGAGUAACAUUGAAGUUUAUAACACAUUUUCAAGUUCAAAAUUAUCAAAUAGUUCUGAUUAUGAUAAUAGCAAUACCAUUUUUGGUAGUAAACGAGACACAUCAAUCUCAUCAUCAAAAGGAGCUAUCGGACAACAGGAAACAAAUAAAAAUAAAUAAAAUUUUUAUUUAUUUUAUAAUAAUAUAUAGAAUUUCUAGUCGAAACAUUUUUUCACUUAUAAUUUUCCUUUUGAUGUGUAUGAAUGUGGUAUUGUCAUUCCGCCCAUACGAACAUUUUUAUAUAUUUUUAGUUGAAAACUGCAAAAUGUGUUCACUUUAAUUUCACGCUACGGUUGGUUACUUUAAUUAAAUAACAAUCAAUUUCUACUAACUGAAAAGAAAUUUUAAUUCUGACAUGAUAUAGAAGGAAAACUUUGGGCAUAUGACAAAUAUCUCAAAAGCACGUGAAUCAUUGUAUUGUAGAAUAAGUGAAUAAUUGAGUUAGGCGUAUAUCUAAGCAUAGAUUCAACAAACGUGAAUUUAUAACUUUAAACUUUGUUAUUUCGUAAGAUUAGAUAUAUAUUUCAGAAUUCACGUAAAAAAAGUGGAGUUAGGUUAAAAUUUUCUUAUGAAUUAUUAUAUAAGAUAUCAAUAUUAAUUUUUGAUCCUUCAAAAAUCCAAUUUACGGGAAUAUAAGAUGUUCGAUGAUGCAAAAUCUGGUGAAUAUAUUAGUAUUUGCCUCGUUUUGGACUUUAAAUUAGAUCACAAUUCCUAUUCUACUCGAUGGUGCAUUAUUUCCGUGUAAAAUAAUGCGAAAUAAUCCCUUCAAUACUACCACAUGUUCUUUUUUGACCAAAAAAUAAACUUGUGAUGAUCCAAAACAUCAUAAUCGAAGCCAGCAAUGAAUGCGGUUGAUUUUUGUUUUUUGAGGUGGAUUUUUCUGUCUUCCGUGAAAAUUUUGAAUCACCCGGACCGCGUAUUCUUUAUAGAAGUUCAUUACUAUAAGCUUUUUCUAAUACGUUUAGCGAGUCAGCCCACAAAAUUUAGUACAAACUCGGAUCAGCCACCGUAAAUUGUUGUAAUAAAUCGUACUUAUCGUGACAAGGAUAAUUAAAAGUCCUUGGUAUUUAUUUACUUGGAACUUUAAUGCAUGUUUUCGUGGGCCGUAAAGAAAUUAAAUACCAACAAGAAAGAAAUUAAAUAACGAAAAAAAGAAAGUUAUUAAAAUCAUUCAAGUUUUGAGGAAAUAAAUCCUCGAAAUCUAUUGAACAUUCCAAGCUUUUUCAAAAGCUUAAUAACGAAAUGAUUCACGUGCAAUAUAAAACCAAAAAGAAAAAAUCUCGAUAAACUUUUUAAUAUGUA